AAUUCCCCCAUUCAACCAAUGGCGCUCUGCCCUCGCGACAGGGAUGUGUGGGCUCGGUUAUGGCGCUGCUGUGAAGUUGUUGGAAACGGGCAAGCCCAGGAAGCAGGAUUUUAACACUACUACACAGGCUAAAGCUCCGGGCUACCAGCUAGAGUGGGAACAAGUCAGCGAAUGAGUCGGAUUUUGUAACACACGCACCUUUCCGACGGGGAAAUACACGCGACGGCGGAUUUAGAUUGUGGUUUUAACAAAAGUUGCUCUGUCUGUGAGAAAUAAGAGUGACCUCGGGCUGAGAAAAGGCAUGUAUUGCAAGAGUUAGAUUGAGGACUGACACCCCUCGAGCUGUUUUUUGUUUUCAACUGAGGUGAAAGUCGGAUCUGUCACCAUGCCUGCCAAAACAAAGUAUAAUUUAGUCGAUGAUGGACACGAUUUACGGAUUCCUUUACACAACGAGGAAGCAUUCCAGCAUGGGAUUAAUUUUGAGGCAAAGUAUAUCGGUAGUCUGGAUGUGGCUCGACCCAAUAGCCGUGUGGAGAUUGUUGCGGCCAUGAGGCGAAUAAGGUAUGAAUUUAAGGUGAAAAAUAUCAAAAAGAAAAAAGUCAACAUCAUUGUGUCUGUGGAUGGGGUAAGAGUAGCGCUUCGGAAAAAGAAAAAGAAAAAAGAAUGGACCUGGGAUGAAAGCAAGAUGAUGGUGAUGCAGGAUCCAAUUUACAGGAUAUUCUACGUAUCGCACGACUCUCAAGAUCUGAAGAUCUUUAGUUACAUAGCUAGAGAUGGACAAAGCAAUGUGUUCAGAUGCAACGUCUUCAAAUCAAAGAAAAAGAGCCAAGCUAUGCGGAUAGUCCGAACGGUGGGUCAGGCUUUUGAGGUUUGCCACAAACUUAGCCUCCAGCACACCCAGCAAAACGCAGAUGGCCAGGAGGAUGGUGAUGGUGACAAGACCUGCACAGACUCCGAAGUACCAGGGCGGGAACUGACAGGGGCCGAAAAGCCAACCGCAGAGGAAACGGACAUUGAUGCAGAGGAACUGCCCCUCCCCGACAGCACAAUGGACGAGUUCAGUCGUGGGGUCACCGACCUGGAUGCCGCCAAGAAAGAGGAAGAUUUAACCAAGGACAAAAAGCCCUCUGAGGAGCCCAACAUCCUGCUGGCUUCCCCCAAGCUGCUGCUUCCCUCAGGCAGUCAGCUCCCAGCGAGCACCCCCCUGUCUGUGCAUCACCAGCUUCAGCUACUCCAGCAGCAGCUCACACAACAGCAGCAGCAGACACAGGUGGCCGUCGCCCAGGUUCAUCUGCUGAAGGAUCAGCUUUCUGCAGAGGCUGCGGCGAGGAUUGAGGCUCAGGCUCGGGUUCACCAGCUGUUGUUGCAGAAUAAAGACCUGCUGCAGCAUAUUUCUCUCCUGGUCAAACAGGUUCAGGAGAUGGAGCUCAAACUGGCAGGACACGGCUCAAUGGGAUCUCAAGACAGUCUACUGGAAAUCACCUUCCGUGCCAACGUGCCCCCAGUCCUGUGUGACCCCACCACCCCGAGACCAGAACACAGCAUCCUUCCUCCGCUCAACGAUGGGACGCAGCUGUCCCUGCCACUGGGCAGUCCUAUAGUGGACCAAAGCAUGUUUGAGAACUCGAACACCUCAGAACAGCUGAAGCAGAACUCUCGUCCAACGGGCAGCGCUGUCAGUCCAACAGCCUCCACAGACACAUCUGCCCUGGCGGGGUCAAAGACAGGGGGCAGCCAGCAUCUAAAAAACGCCCUCAACUUAGGCAAAGCUGUGGGGGCAAAGGUCAACGAUCUGCUGCGCCGAAAAGAUCCAAACAGCCUCGGAGACAUCGGAGUCACUGAAGUCAAUAAAAAUGUGGAGGCAAUGUGGUCCAGUCUGGCCACGAUGGGGAACAGUACAGCAGGAAGCAGUCACAUCUCUCUGGAUACUUUCCCUCGGCUUGAUCCCCCACCUCCCACCGGUAAAAAGCGCCUCCCACGUGCCCUCAAGACCACCCAAGACAUGAUGAUAUCUUCUGACCCUGUGGUAGCCUCUCCAGAGUCCUCCUUUGUCUCCUCACCUGACAAGACUCCCCUCAUCUCCAAAGAUAAAGCACAGCUUAAGUCUGACCUGCGCCCCGAUGAGUCCGGCCCAGAGAAACCUUCAGAGCCCAGCGACAGCCAGAUGGAAAAGAAACCCGGUUUAGAGCUAAAUAAUGAGCCUGCGGCGGCUGUGUUGAAGGAUGACUUAAGAGAAAAAAUUGCUGAAGGUGAAGAUCAGUCACAGCUAUCGCUCUCAGUUCCAGAUCUAAUUCAUAAAGACAAUCUGGACUCGAAACAGAAACUGGCCAGUUCGGAAACUAGAAUGGCUUCCACCCCGUGUCCGGGAAAAGGGGGCUGUCGAAUCAGCGUCAGUGAGGGGGAACUGAUGGGGAACGGCGCAGUGGAGUACCGUACCCUCAGUUUGGAAAAUGAAGAAUCCCAUCCUGAUCUGCUCUCAUUUGAAUAAUUUCCUUGCUGAUAUAAACAACUAAACCAGGCUAUAGUGGACUGCUCGUUUAAGCUGGUCUAUUUGGUCCCCUAGCCUUUUAAAGCUGGUUGAUGCUUUUUGAUCAACUGGUCUCCCAGCCUCACCAGCUUAAAGCAUUCAAACCUCUUACUCAAAGCUCCACUUUUAAAGCGAAUCAUCUGGGUGGUUUAAAACCAUGGUUGGGUAAAAUAGGGACAAGCAUUGGGUUAAGUUAAUGUAGAUCAUGUUCAUUUUUUUUAACCAACCAUGGGUUGAAACAACCCUAGUGCAGGAAUAUGGUCACAGAAUAUUUUGCAAUUUUUUCCGUGUCCGUACCACGGACUUUCUUUUUCGUGUCAUUUUCACAUAUUGGUUACUCAAUUGUUUUUCCUAUUUUUAAACCAUUGUCGCGUGGGUAUGGGGUUAGAUUUGGGGAUGUCACUUUAAAUGAACAGUAUGUAAGAAAUGUAUAUCAAUUAAUCAUCAAAUGGCCCUGAUAUGUCACUAGACAUUAAUAAAUCAUUUUCAUUUCAAAUACUUAUAUCACUGACAGCAGUGGUCUGGCCAGGAUAUUGCCAUUUAAAAAGUGGAGUUGCAGCCCUCAACUGAUGUUUAUGUUGUCAUGUUGUGUAUUGGCCACCAGUUGGGUGAUUGCAGUACCAGUUUUAGCCACAAGUUUUGUUAUUGCAAUACCAGUUUGGGCCACAAUCCUACAUACUGUUCCUUUAACUCUUAUACUAUUUUUUCCUGUCACCUGACGUUAGGGUUAGAGUUGGAUUUGGAUGUCAUUUUAUGUAACAGAAAAUCGUUCUAACCCCAAACCCACACAAAAAUGGUAAGAAAAUAGGAAAAACAAUUGAGUAACCAAUAGACCCUUUUACUGUUUGUACACAAUGAUGACGUGGCAGCGUAUGCGCGCGCAUUUAGGCAACGGAAGUAUCGUAAGAAUCAACAGUGAAGCAACACAAACAGUAAGUUAUUUUUAAAAAAUUGACUUUAUCAACAUUUUCAACACAGCUACCAGAUCCGUGUACUAUAGUGGAGUGGAUAAAAGACGUUAGCAGAUGGCCAAAAAUAAAGUUGCCAGAUACAUAUAUACGUAUAUUAGUAUAUUAUAUUAGUGCAACCAAACGCAACAACGGGACAUUUUGAUGUUGAGAAACCGUUUUAAUAAACUUUCUGAGUUGCUACCACGUUAGAACCAAUGGGGAAUAACACCACUUCCGUUGCCCAAAUGCGCGCGCAGGCUAUUUGAUCACGUGAGCUGUAAAAGGGUCUAUACGUGAAACUGACACGGAAAACGUGGAAACGUGACAAUAACACACGGAUAAAUGAGCAAAAUAUUUCGUGACUAUAACAUGGAAAUUUGUGAGAACAGGUUUAUUUCAACGCUUUCAAAAUUAUUUGAAUCUGUCUUUUUUUAUCUUGCUUUACCUUUUGUACAUUUCUUAUGUUUUUUUUCUUUAUAGAAAAAUACCACUGAUUAUACUUUGUAUAAAAUUAUACAUAUAAUGAAAUCACUAUUUUUUUAAUCAUAGUAUCAUAAUCACUUUAAUGCAUUGUACUUUAUAUUGUGGACCUUUAGUAAAAAAAAAACACGAAAAUUCAAUUAACAGAAACCAAAGUCAAUACUAUACUAUAAUACCUCCAAAGCUGUCUUUGCCGUUUAAAAAGUAAACAGCAUUUCCCAUCUUAAAUAUUUUCGGGGUUUUUUCAAAGACGACAUUAUAGGUUAUAGUUUACUACGUGCUAGUACUGUUUUAUGACCACAUCACUGACCUUAAAUUCAAAAUUGUGCUAAGACGUCAUAGUAACCUCCAGUAUGACCAAGUGCACAAUGACCUCGGAUCAGUAAGCUUUAUGCACCUAAGGGUCUAGCAGUCUGGACUGCUUCCUUAUUGCAUCGACUGAGAAAUUCCUCCUGUACGGAGACACAUUUCACAGUGACCUCUAGAUAACAGAGAAAAUAUGGCAUCCUACCAUGGUCGUGGUGAUAUUGUCAAGGUGAUGAUGGCUCGAGGAAUGGCAGUAAUGAGUUUCGGUCAACGUGAAGGUAUGCAGAAGGAUUCGAAAUUCCCUGGAAUGCCAUAACUCAACACUAAUCUCUCUUCUUGUUUAUGUAGACAGCCUGACUCCCAUGACAUUCACUCUUUAUCCCUGACUGUGUAUUCUCUAGGGAGAAUUCGGGUCCACUGCAAACAAUGCAGCUAUUUACACUUCCAUUAUUUAUAGAAGUACAGUAUAUUGCCAUACUACAUGUACAGAUGUACUGUACUGAGAUGUUGAUCGUAACAACACUGCAAAUCCUACAAGGCUGCGAUCGAGUAGCUACUAUGCAUUAUGUCAGUUAUGUAAUAUUGCGUGUGAACGAUUAUUUAAGGUAUUGAGUAGGUUUAUGUGAACUAACGCAUUGGCAUCAUAGCAUUAACUAAUACCCAGGUGCUUUUUGAAUGUCUUAUAGUUUUGGUUACACUAUGGUAUGUUUUUUAUGUAAUUAUGCAUAAAGGUUUGUUCCUGUAUGGGAUAAUAUGAACACUAAAUCCAGAGUGGGGCGAAGCAUUGUGCUUAUAUUUCUGCAGAUGGCAAGUUAAUGAAUUGAUAUGGACCAAUGAUGCUGUGCUACUGCAUUAUAAGAUAUGAAGUCAAAGUAUUUUAUUGAAUCUUUUAUGUGAAAACAGAUUGUUUAAAAAAAGAUUUAUGUUUUAGUGUUUAGUUUAUUCUUUUGCAGGGUUGAAAAGAUUCUUGAUGGGAAAUUAAGAAAUGUUCUUUGAAAUUUCUAUGUGAUGUUUUAUGCAUUUUAAUAUGCAUUUUAUGUGUUCAGUGGUCCCAUCAUUUUUAGGAUUUUAUGAAGGAGAAAAAUCUGAAUGUUGAAGGAAAAUGUAUGUAUAUGAAGGUUUUAUGAGCGCACUGAAUGUAUUUAGGGAUAUCAAAUGAUCGAGCUGGCUAUAUUACAGUGGAUUUCAUUAUGCAAACUGUCUGUUUGUGGCACAGUCUGGGGCUUCGGUGCCUGUAUUUUUUAAUAAAUGGUUUUAUGCAA